AUGGCCCCCAACACUGGCUCCGAGGGCCGCAAACGUGGCCGUCCUCCCGGAAAGGAGCCCGCGGUGCCGUGGUCCCUACAGAAGAAGCGCAAGCUCGACGCCGCCAAGUCCUCCCCGACGACGCCAAAGUCCACCCCCGGCGCCAGCUCGUCCGCCGUCAAGAAGUCAACGCGCAAGGCUGCUGCCCCGCCAGCGAGCUCCCCCUACGAAGUCCCCGACUCCCCGACCGGAGACAACCCGCCGCAACGGAUCCGCAACGUCAGGAGCGUCAACCGACCGACGCCCAAGGUCCCGAUAUCUGCUCGUGGCCAGGUCAAUGUCGACGCUUACGAGGUCCCCGACUCUGAUGACGAGCUGCACGUCAACCCGAAAGAGGCGAAUGCGCAGAAGGCGAGCCCAACGAGGAGGAAAAGUAAUGUUGCAAAGGGGAAGCGGAAGUCACAAAAGGAAAAGGAUGAGGGUGACGAUGAUGAUGAUGAUGAUGAUGCAAUGGCCGUAGACCCAGAAGAGGAGGUUGCGACGAUUGAGGAUUCGCCGUUGAAGGUGCGCUCCAGCGGAAGGCACAGAACCCUGACGGCGAAAGCGAUGGAAGGACAGGAGGAGAAGUUGGGUGGAAGCCGUUCCGGCACACCAGUGCCCCGUGCAAGGUCCUCCGUGGCCACCUACGACGGUCAGGAAACGAAAAGGGCAACGGGCAAGGCCGAGAGGAACGUUUCCAUGCCGCUGAAGGGCAUCCUGACGCCGUCGAGACGGGAUGGCUCGGUGAGGAGGAGCAAGAGCGUCGCUUUCGACCCGACGAACGAGGAGGACAAGGAGGAGGUUUUCUUUGAGGAUCUCCCGUCCAAGUCCGGGCGAAGCAGAAAGCCUUCAAAGAAGCUUAUCGAGGCGACAGCGACACCGACUGUCAAGCCGACAAAAUCACGAAAAGGAUCUGCAAAGGCCCUGGAAGAGGAGCCGGUAGAAGAGGAGGAAUCCGAGCCUGAGGCAGAAGAGGAGAAAGCCGAAGACGAAGAGCAGGAGGAGGGGAAUGAAGACGAAGAUGUCUGCGCAAUAUGUUCCAAGCCCGAUUCGAAGGCUGGCAACAGGAUCUUGUUUUGCGAUGGAUGCGACAAAGCCUAUCACCAAAAGUGCUACGAUAUCCCUCGGGUACCUAGGGGGGACUGGUACUGUAACGACUGCGUGCAGCAAAAGGAGUCUCGGGCGGUGGCGGCGGUGGAGGUGGCCAAGAUUCCCAACUAUGAACAGCACCUGAGUAGCAUGAAGAGGGUGCUGCUGGAUCGAUGUACGGGGCGCCGGCGCAUCAAAUUGAUCGACCAGGACGAGGCCUACGAGAAAGCUCAUCAGCUCGUGGAGCAGACUGUUCUGGCAGGGGAGGGCAACUCGAUGCUGGUGAUCGGCGCGAGAGGCUGCGGCAAGACCACGCUUGUCGAGGGCAUCAUUGCCGACCUCUCUUUACAGCAUAAGAGUGAGUUUCAUACAGUGCGGCUGAACGGUUUCAUUCACACGGAUGACAAACUGGCUCUUAAGGAGAUAUGGCGCCAGCUGGGCAAGGAGAUGGACGCCGAAAACGAGGUUACUUCCCGAGUAGGUUAUUCCUGCGGAACCAGUAAAGGAAACCGGCAUCUGACUGACCCUCCCCAGACAAAUUACGCCGACACCAUGACCUCGCUGCUUGCGCUGCUCUCCCACCCGUCGGAAAUGGCUCAGACGGAAGAGGGCGUGACAUCACAGGCAGUCGUCUUCAUCAUUGACGAAUUCGACAUGUUCGCCGCCCAUCCCCGCCAAACUCUGUUGUACAAUCUGUUCGACAUCGCGCAGGCCCGGAAGGCUCCAAUCGCGGUGCUGGGCUGCACAACACGCAUGGAUGUGGUGGAGAUGCUCGAGAAGCGCGUCAAGAGUCGAUUCAGCCAUCGAUACGUGUACCUGUCGCUGCCGAGGAGCCCGCCCGCGUACUGGAAGGUGUGCAAACAGGGUCUCACGGUUGACGAGGAGGACAUGGAGGUUGAGGGGAUCGACGUGAGCCUGGAAGGUCACGAUGCUUUCCAGGCGAAUUGGAAUUCAAUGAUUGAGGCGUUACACAAGGAGAAGUCAUUCCAGAACCUCCUGCAGUAUCACUACGCCACAACAAAAUCCGUAUCCGCGUUCCUCACUGAAUGCAUUCUCCCUCUGUCAGCACCGUCGAAUGCAUCUCUGAACCUGGUCAUUCCGGCCGCUGCCAGCCCGGUUGUAUCUCUCCGACCACCAACCUCCAAACUACAUAUCCUACCUUCACUUUCGGAGCUCGACCUGGCUUUGCUCAUCGCGGCAGCAAGGCUAGACAUCGUGGCUCACACAGACACGGUCAACUUCGCCAUGGCAUACGACGAGUACGGAUCACUGAUGGGCAGGCAACGCUUACAGUCGGCGACUUCUGGGAUGCUCGCGUUGGGCGGUGGAGUGCGGGUAUGGGGUCGCGGGGUGGCCGGCACGGCUUGGGAGCGGCUCGUAUCGCUCGGUCUCCUCGUGCCGGCGGGUGUCGGUACCGGGCGGGGAUCGGCGUACGGCGGGUUGGAAGGCAAGAUGUGGAAGGUCGACAUGGCACUAGAGGAGAUUCCUGUGGGCGUCAAGCUAAACAACGUCCUGGCGCGGUGGUGUAAAGAGAUUUGA